UCACGUUCGUGAUCGGCAUGGGCACUACAAUAUUUUGAGUUUCAUUUUCAGUUGUUGAACAGAGCGCGAGCGAAUAAGACACACGCGGCUAAAAAAGUGCACAAAAAACAACAGAGAAAAGCGGAGACACCCACAUUGCGAAUAUAUAACAGCAAACGCAAACUCUUAGAUACAUUUAUGAGUGCUAAUAAAGUGUAAAGUCUGCUAACUGGCAUAGUGUGAACAAUGAUAAAGAUGUGAAGUGAAGUGCCGUAGCGUAAGCGAAGGAAAACCAGGAAGUAUUGCACCAGCUUGCCCCAGUUUGAAUUUAUCACCUUAAUUAUAAAAGCCGCACAAUGAAUGCCACCGAGGACUACAUAUCGAUGGACCCGACGGAACAGAUUUCGCAGGUUUUGGAUCUGCAGAAAAAUGACACAAAGAGCCUUCGAACACACCCCACGGUGGAAGAGUAUUAUGAAAACAUGACUGCCUUCCUCAGCCUCGCCAUCUUCAUAGCCAGUCUGCUGACAAUCCUUAACAUCUGCAUCUUCUCGACGACAGUCUCACGGCUUCGUCGUCACCUGAACAAGCCGCUCUUGAGGCCCUCGAUUAUGAUGGUCGGCCUGUAUCCGAUUAUCUCGGUGGCUGCCCUGGUUACCAUUCUGGUGCCCUACUCCUGGUUCAUCUGCCACACGGUGAUGCACGUGAUGUUCAUGGUCGGCGGACCGGUGUUUCGAACCCUGCUCUUCCGUUACGUAAACUCGGAGCAGAAUUUCGUGAAGGAGACGGGCGGCGAGACGGUGCAACUUAAUACUCCACCGUGCUGCUGUUGCUGCCUCUGCUUGCCGUUGGUAAUACCCACCAAGGCGAAGCUCUGCAUCUCCAGAUACAUGGUCUGGCAAAUGCCCUUCUGGCAGGGUUCCAUCAUGCUGGUGAUGAACAUCCUGUACUACAGGGACAUUCAGCUUUACCACCAGGUCAUGUACUUCUUCAUCCCCUUCAUCGUGUGCUCUAUUGUCAUGGGGGUUUGGUCCCUUCAAAUCACCGUGAGGGCAAUCACCAAGCUGCGCGGGGACUAUCAGCUGAGGAAGAAGAUGUUCUGCCUCCAAUUGGUGGUGAUGCUGUGCAAGCUGCAGUAUUUGAUCCUCUACGAUCAGCUGGAUGGCAUCAAAAUGGGUGGGGAGUAUCCCAUCAAUCACACCAUCUAUAAGCAAACUAUUAUUAACAUCCUAAUCCUAGUGGAAAUGGUACUGGUGUCCAUGAUGGUUCAGAGUGCAUAUCGUACGCCCAUUCAGGUUCAAAUCGAUGAGGUCAAUAAGGAAAAGGAAGUAACUCGCAUUUGA